AGCCCAGAUCUGAACCGGGAUCUUAGAUAAGAGGCCAGAGAGCCAGACUCCAGCCUGAGUGAAGCUUCCACCCUCCAGAAACUGGAUGAGAGUCUGUCACUAACUUUGAGGACUUCGACAAGAGGAAGGUGACUACAGGCCACCCACAGGAGUGCACUGGUGUUGAGGGUAAGGGUUCAACUGAGACGCUGGGAGGCGGCUUUGCCCUGCCUGUGUGUCAUAGGCAACACGAAGUCGAAUCUACAUAGUGCUCACGCAAGGUAGUUCGCGUGCUAUGGAGCCUCAGCCCAGGGAAUUCAGGUGGUCUGGUGCAGUAAACUCCACCCAACACACGCCUGACAGCGCGUUGCUCCCGCUACAUUCGCCAAUCGGAAAUGACUUCUCUCGUUGACCCCAGCUUCCGGAAGCGCCUGCGGAAGCUGCCGCAGAGGCUUGUGGGGAGUGUAGUCUUUUUUUUGCAGAAUGGGCCAAGGGGACAGAGACUUCACUCGGGAGCCAGAACCUGUUUUCAACAUGGGUAUUUUAAGAAGAGACGGAGAGGCUGUCACUGCAGUGGUCACUGUCCUGGAAAAGUAACCGUUGCACGGCCCAGAAGUGGCUCUGUGGCGGCCAAUGGGAGCCGAAGCCUGCGAGGAUGUUGGGAACUGUAGUUCUGGCGUCGGUCGGCGGCCGAGGUCCCGGGCACGCUGGCUCUGGUCCACCUUCUCCAAUCCCUGCCUGCUGGGAGAGGAUGAUCUCUUGAGAAAGGAAAGACUUCUGUGCUCCCGAGAACCUCCUAUCAGGUCCUGGCUGCAGGGAAACAAGCUGGGCUUUUUAUAAUUAAGGUUGGAAGAAGUCACCACAGGCAGCAGAACUCCAUCUUGAGAUGAAAUAACAUCUACCUGGACCUCUGGCAGAAUUUCAAGGCACACACUGGGCUGACUCUGGCGCCAUGAUGUUGCCUUAUCCUUCAGCACUGGGAGAUCAAUACUGGGAAGAGAUUUUGCUUCCAAAGAAUGGGGAAAAUGUAGAGACUAUGAAGAAAUUGACCCAAAAUCAUAAAGCGAAAGGCUUGCCUUCUAAUGAUACUGACUGCCCCCAGAAAAAGGAGGGAAAGGCCCAAAUAGUGGUACCAGUUACAUUCAGGGAUGUGACUGUGAUCUUCACAGAAGCAGAAUGGAAGAGACUGAGUCCAGAGCAGAGGAAUCUAUACAAAGAAGUGAUGCUGGAGAAUUACAGGAAUCUUCUCUCAUUGGCAGAACCAAAGCCAGAAAUCUACACUUGUUCCUCCUGCCUUCUGGCCUUCUCCUGUCAGCAGUUCCUCAGUCAACAUGUACUUCAGAUCUUCCUGGGCUUAUGUGCAGAAAAUCACUUCCAUCCAGGGAAUUCUAGCCCAGGGCAUUGGAAACAGCAGGGGCAGCAGUAUUCCCAUGUAAGGUGUUGGUAUGAAAAUGCAGAAGGUCAGGAGAGAGGAGGUGGCUCCAAACCCUGGUCUGCAAGGACAGAGGAGAGAGAAACCUCAAGGGCAUUCCCCAGCCCACUCCAAAGACAGUCAGCAAGUCCUAGAAAAGGCAACAUGGUGGUAGAAAUAGAGCCCAGCUCAGCCCAAAGACCAAACCUUGUGCAGCUAGACAAAGGCUUGAAGGAAUUAGAAACCUUGAGAUUUGGAGCAAUCAACUGUAGAGAGUAUGAACCGGACCAUAACCUGGAAUCAAACUUUAUUACAAACUCGAGGACCCUCUUAGGGAAGAAGCCCUACAUUUGCAGUGAUUGUGGGCGAAGCUUUAAAGAUAGAUCAACCCUCAUCAGACACCAUCGUAUACACUCGAUGGAGAAGCCUUAUGUGUGCAGUGAGUGCGGGCGAGGUUUUAGCCAGAAGUCCAACCUCAGCAGACACCAGAGAACACAUUCAGAAGAGAAGCCUUAUUUGUGCAGGGAGUGUGGGCAAAGCUUUAGAAGUAAGUCCAUCCUCAGUAGACAUCAGUGGACUCACUCAGAGGAGAAGCCCUAUGUUUGCAGCGAGUGUGGGCGAGGCUUUAGCGAGAAGUCAUCCUUCAUCAGACACCAGAGGACACACUCCGGUGAGAAACCCUAUGUGUGCCUGGAGUGUGGACGAAGCUUUUGUGAUAAGUCAACCCUCAGAAAACACCAGAGGAUACACUCAGGGGAGAAGCCUUAUGUUUGCAGGGAGUGUGGGCGAGGCUUUAGCCAGAACUCAGAUCUCAUCAAACACCAGAGGACACACUUGGAUGAGAAGCCUUAUGUUUGCAGGGAGUGUGGGCGAGGCUUUUGUGACAAGUCAACCCUCAUCAUACACGAGCGGACGCACUCUGGAGAGAAGCCUUAUGUGUGUGGUGAGUGUGGCCGAGGCUUUAGUCGGAAAUCACUCCUCCUUGUCCACCAGAGGACACACUCAGGGGAGAAGCAUUAUGUCUGCAGGGAGUGUAGGCGAGGUUUUAGCCAGAAGUCAAAUCUCAUCAGACACCAGAGGACGCACUCAAAUGAGAAGCCUUAUAUUUGCAGGGAAUGUGGGCGAGGCUUUUGUGACAAGUCAACCCUCAUUGUACAUGAGAGGACACACUCAGGAGAGAAGCCUUACGUGUGCAGUGAGUGUGGCCGAGGCUUUAGCCGGAAAUCACUCCUCCUUGUCCACCAGAGGACACACUCAGGGGAGAAGCAUUAUGUUUGUAGGGAGUGUGGGCGAGGCUUUAGUCAUAAGUCAAAUCUCAUCAGACACCAGAGGACACACUGACGGGAGAAACCUGUGUAUGCAGGGGUCAUGAACAAGACCUGAGUGACCAGUCAAGCCUCAUGUUACCCCAGAGAGACACACGGGGAGUAGACCCUGUGUAUGCAGAUUGUGAGUGAAGUUCCAGAGAUGUGUCAGCCCUUAUCAGGCAUGGGAGGGACACGUUCAGGAGAGGAGCCUUAUGAGAAUAGAGUAUGGGCAACUGUAGCCAUCAGUCAGCCUUGAGCAUGCACAAAAGGACACACUUAGGAGAGAAGUUUAUGUGUAGGGACUGUGGGAAGGCUUUAGCAAUAAUCAACAUUUACCAAACAUCCAAUGACAGCCUCAGGGGAAAGCACCCUUGUCUGGGGAGUGUUGGUGAGCAUCAGUAAGAGAAUGGACACUCAGGCACAAAGUGGCCCUCAGGAAGGAGGUCUUUGUUUGUAGGAUGUAUGGGCAAAGCUUUUGUGAUCACACACCACAGGGAGAAUCUGCAUGUGGGGACACUGUGGAGCUCUGCCCAGAUGACCUUUUCAGGGGUAACACCCCAGCUGCUUGAGAGAACAGUGUUGCUGCUGGCAGAGAUGCAUUCCAGAGAUGCACUCCGCUCUGGAACUCACUCUCAGCCACAGGGAGCUGCACGCACCACAGGGGCAGUGCACCUUUGCAGGGGUAGCUUCUGGCCCCAACCCUUGACUCAACGGGGACAACUCCAGAAGGUCAUUCCAGAUCCAGAGAUCCCCAUCGAACUGAAGGAUCACUGGGUUGCAGACACAUUGCAGGUCAGCUGCUUCCUCUGCCCAGUCCUGCCCUCACUCCCCAAUGAAUCCUCAAUUUUCCGUCUCGUUGUCUCUCCAGAUAAUUGAUUCUAAGACAUGUUAGGUAUAUAAGGAGUGUAGAUAAGGCUUCAGCCAUGAGUCACCCCCCAAUAAGCCCCAGAGUAUAUUGAAUAGAAAUUCUGCAUGUCUGGGGAGAAUGGACAAGGACUUAGGAAAAAGUCCUCACCAAAGAACAGCUUUUUUGGGACAAGCUUUACAUGGGUGGGGAGGGAAAAUGUGAAACACAUUAGCAAUAAGUUAAACCUCAUCUUGUACUAAAGGAGGACACACUCAGGGAGAAGACCUCUGUGGGCAGGGCUUGUGGGUGGAGCUUCAUCCCGAUGUCACUCCUCAACUGACUUAGGAGGACAGUCUUGCUACCCCAAGUCACUACCUCACUCACCUCUGAGGGGUUUUCAGGAAAUGUCUUGACUCCCCCAUGUACUCUGUAUGUGAGCGAAGAUGGCAGUAACUGUUAAAUAAGCAUUCUUUUCUACUUUUUGGAAUCAGAUGAAAUAAAAAAGUAGGCUUUAUUUAAGUAAUCAAAAAA